AUGGCGGGAAAGACGAUUCCGAGGAAUAUUGUCUUUGUCCACCCGGACUUAGGCAUCGGAGGUGCUGAGCGAUUGGUGGUUGAUGCGGCAGUUGGAUUGCAAUCUCUCGGACACAAUGUAACCAUUCUCACAUCUUACUGCAAUCCGAAUCAUUGCUUUGAAGAAGCUCGCGAUGGUAAGGCCUCGCAGCAACGUCUUCCUCCGCCCUCAGGAUUACACUGCUAAGGUAGACAAGGCUGAGACUUCUCCCAAGGAACGCUCGACGUCCGAGUUCGCGGCGAUGCCAUCUUCCCUCCUUCGAUAGGCGGCCGACUCAGCAUUCUCUUCUCCAUCCUCCGCCAACUGGCUCUGGUGACCAGCAUCGGCAUCGUUUCCUCCGAGCUCCGACAGCUAGACCCCGAUGUCUUCUUCGUGGAUCAACUGAGCGCAUGCGUGCCCUUCCUCCGCCUACUGCACCCAAAGGCUAAGAUUCUGUUCUACGGUCAUUUCCCCGAUAGGCUGUUAGUGAAAGAGGCGCACGGACUGCAAAGACAUCUGAAGAGGUUAUACCGCGUACCCUUCGACGCGUUGGAAGGAUGGAGUACAGGCUGCUCGGACACUAUCGUUGUGAACAGCAAGUUCACGCGCUCUAUGUUCAAGUCCGUCUUCUCGAGUAUGCGGUCGCGAGAGCUGAAAGUAAUCUACCCUUGUGUGGAUACCAACGAGACAAGCAAUGGCAUGGCCAACGGGACAAACUCCAUUUGGCCAGACAAGAAGAUCCUCCUCAGCAUCAACCGGUUCGAGGGCAAGAAGAACCUAGACCUUGCGAUCAAAGCUUACGCGGGGCUUUCGGCGUCAGAACGUAGCAAAGCGAAACUGAUUCUGGCCGGCGGCUUUGAUCCGCGCAAUCAUGACAACAACGUCACUCACAAGCAUCUGCAGGAUCUUUCGGACUCACUCAGUCUCUCACAUGCGACAUUCCGCAGUAGAGAUACGGCUCUUACCGAUGCUUCAACUCAUGCGGUGGAUGUCCUUUUUCUGCUGUCCAUCCCGAACGAUCUCAAGGUCCGCCUGUUGCAAGCUGCGGGUCUCUUGAUCUACACACCCACCAACGAACAUUUCGGCAUCGUACCUCUAGAAGCAAUGCUAGCGGGGAUACCUGUCUUGGCAACGAACACUGGCGGCCCGCUCGAGACCAUCUACGACGGAAGAACCGGCUGGCUCCGCACUCCUGAAAAGAUCGAGGCGUGGACUGAUGUCAUGCGGAAACCAUUGAUACCUUCAAGCGCUGAUAAUUUGAAGGCCAUGGGUCAAAAGGGUCGUGAAAGGGUACUAGCCGAGUUCAGCCAGACAAAGAUGACGCAGUUGUUCGACCAAGAGAUACAGAAAAUGGUGCAAAGCAACGCUGCUAGGCCCAGUAUCACGCCGCAAUGGGUGUUUGUAGCCCUGAUCGUCACUAUAAUUGCUAUCAUCAUUGGCGUCGCCAUGACGAAGCGAUAA